CUUUUUUUUUUGGGAAACUUUAACAAACUGAGCACUAAAUUGUAUGUCAAAUUUAAAUCGAUGUAGUCAUUUCCAAUACUUUCCCAGAGUCUUCUAAAUUCCUUUUUGUAAUUUUUUUUUCAUAAAUUGAAAUUUGAGGGUACAUUUGAAUGACAACUUUUAAAUAUGAAUGGCUAAAAUCUUCACUGUUAUGUCACUGAUUCAGAGUCUGCCGUAUUGUGGAAGUAGAUCAAUAUGUUUUUGAUUAUGGGUGACUUAAAAUAUGAAGCUAAAAUUAGACCUGUCGUGAAUUGUCCCGUCUUUGAGCACAAAUAAUGAAGAAAAAAAAAAAAACUAAGUCUGAUGCCAACAAGUGACAUUUUCAGGACUAUAUGUAGUUGCAGUUAUAGUUGUUAGAAUAUAUGAAACAAAGAUAGAAUACUUGGUUAUGCAAAUGAAAAAUAUGGAUUUAAAAAAUUCUUUAGAAAGCAUUUGAUAAAUCAACCUAAAAUUAUCUUAAAUAUCUAUAUAUUUUGUUAAUCACACACAAAUCAGAGGGAAUGCCUCUCAAGGAUCCUGGCUAUGAGGGGGAAAAACAAACAUGACAAAGUUCAUGGGACAAAGACACUUGUUCAGCCUCAUUUACAGUUACUGACAUGCAUUAGACAAUUCAAAGUUGGAACAAUGUUUUUUUUUUUGGCUUUAUUUUUUUUAGCUUGUAAAAAAAUACACUCUGUAUCUACCAUAGCAGCUGCCCAUGUUCAGGUCUUCAAGGUUUUUUUUUUUUUUUUUUUUUUUUAAUGCAUGAUCUGCAAGCAUACUCUGCUAUAGCAUGUAAAAGUAUUCUCAUGAAUUCUUCAGCAAUUCAACAGCUUAAGCUCAAAUGGCUCCAAAAAUGUUUCUCACUACCUCGGCAACUAAACUUUUCCUGUGACUUCCCUUUACCUCAGAAUCAGGGAAGGACAUCACUGGAAUUGUAUCCUACAUCUUGGGACAGCCAAUGUUUUUUCAGGCCAGUGCAGCAGUCAGCACUCCAGGCUCUGGAAAGGAGAGGCUGUACAUCAACAAGUGCUUUGUGACUGCCUCCCAAGACCCCAACUCAAAAAUUAAAUAUACCGUCAUUGACAACUACGGCUGCAUGAUUGAUGGCAAGGUGACGUCAUAUUCGAAGUUCCUCCCUGCUGACUCAAAGGAGGUCCAGAAAUUCAGCGUCGGUGCCUUCAUUUUCAAGAACACUGCUUUGACCGCCUCGCAACAGCGCCUCUACAUGCAUUGUGAGAUCUCCAUGGGGCCCCUUUCUCCAACCCCAACUUCAAAGGCUUGCAAUUUUAAUCCAGCCACCAAAAAGUGGGAGGCGCUCUAUGGUAAGGACUGCAUAUGUGACUGUUGUUCAUCAACUUGCUCAUCAGCAAAGCCUAACGGAGCUCCUAAGACUCUCAUCUCCAGUCCAUCCUGGAAGGUUGGCUUGAGCAGUAUGGAUGAACAUGUAAAGGGUGACUCUCAGAUGAAAUCCUCUGAUGCUGAUACAUUGAGUUUAAAGGAGCCUGACCUGGCAGAAUUUAAAGACUUUCAAAACUACUGGAGCCAUGAUUAGUGUAACUGCCACAUUGAAAUGAUCAGUUUUAAAUAAAUGAAUUUCUUUUUUCUGGUACUCUACUGUGCAACAUGUCAUUGCUUCAUACAUGAGCUGUACUUUAACUGCUUCUGUGAUGUGACUUCUUUUCAAGAGAAG